AUGCCGCCCCGCGCCCAGCCAGGUCUGGCGAGCGCCGCGCGUGGUGCCUCCCGCUCCCUUGACUGCCGGCUCCGCCUCCGCUCGCGGCUGGGUCAUGCCCGCCGGCUCCGCCGCUUGCCGACUCCGCCCCGACUCGGACGGCUGGCCCCGCCGCUUGCCGCCUCCGCCCACCCCGUGGCUGGCUCGCCACCAACCAUGGCCGCCUCCGCGCCAGCGUCCCGCGACCCGGCCGCGCCCGCCUCCGGCCCCCGCGCGCCGGCUCCUUCCCUCGCCCCCGCGCUGGCUCCACGCGACUCGGCCCCGUCCUGCGUCCCGCUCGUCGCCUCCGUCCUGCUCGACCGGCUCCCGAGCACCGCCACUCCCCCAACCCGGCCACUGCUCCGCCCCUACCUGGCUCCGCCUCGCCCGCCCGACGGCUCCCGCGGGCCGGCUUCGCCUUGCCUUGGCGGCCUUGCCCCGCUAGUCGGCGUCCGCCCCAUCGCUCCUCCCCGCGGCCGGGUGCUCCGCGCCCGCCCGCCGACUACCGGCUGUGCCGCCUCCCGUCGUCCGGCUGCAGCCUCGGUCCGCACUCGGCCGCCCUACCGGCCUCCGCGCCCGGCUCCGGCCGCUUGCCGUCUCCUCCCCGCGCCGGACGGCUGGCUCCGCCGCUUGCCGGCUCCGCCGCCUGCCGUCUUCGCCCACCACCCGGCCGGCCUGGCCGGCCCCGAGCGUCCGGCUCCUCCCCUCCGGGUCCUCCGUGCCGGCGCGCCUGCCCCGCCCCGACCGGCUCCCCCAACCCGACCGCCUCUGCUGCUGGCCUCUGCCGCUUGCCGUCUCCGCCCCGAGCCGGACGGCUGGCUCCGCCGCCUGCCGGCUUCGCCCACCACCCGGCCGGCCUGA